AUUUGCUUCGCAGGCCUUUUUCCCCAUCUCACGCUAGACGCGAAUGUUUCAUUUUAAAGGCUGACCUCAAAACCCGUUAUAUCCUCGCAACUGAGAAGCUAGUGCCUUUUUCUACUAAUACAUCGGAAUGUGUUUCCCUGGAAAACGACAAAAAGACAACUUCACCGAGCCAAAACCCACACCUCUAGAUACAAAAGCCCCAGCAAAUCAACCAGAGCACCCAGUUUCUCCCCCCGUUCUCCCUCCACUUUCAUCUAUUUCUCCAACCAAUAUGCCUGCCCCUAGGAUCGCUAUCGUCACUUACUCCCUUUACGGGCAUAUCACAAAGAUGGCUGAGGCCGUCAAGAGUGGUAUCAGCAAUGCUGGUGGUAAUGCCUCUAUCUAUCAGAUCCAGGAGACCCUCUCCGACGAUAUCUUGAAGCUCGUCAAGGCGCCUCCUAGACCCGAUUACCCUGUCCUCGUCCCUGAUGACCUUGUCAACUUUGACGCGUUCCUCUUUGGUAUCCCCACUCGUUACGGCAACUUCCCCGUUCAGUGGAAGGCAUUCUGGGACGCCACUGGCCCUCUCUGGAGCAAGGGCGCUCUUCAGGGCAAGAUGUGCGGUGUGUUUGUCUCCACUGGUACCCAAGGUGGUGGACAGGAGAUCACCAUUUCCAACACGUUGUCCACUUUCGUGCACCAUGGUCUCAUCUACGUUCCCCUCGGCUACAAGCACUCCUUCCCUCAGUUGUCUAACCUGACCGAGAUCCACGGUGGUUCUUCUUGGGGUGCAGGAACCUAUGCAGGCACGGACGGUUCCCGCCAGCCUUCACCUCUCGAAAUGGAGAUUGCUGCUAUCCAAGGCAAGGCCUUCUGGGAUACUGUGGCACAAUACCACGGCCACGCCAAGUCCUCGUGAAUCUAGAUAUUGAUAUGUACGGAUUCAGCUUGGAUUGUAUAUACAUUGCGCACGCAUAAUAUGAAUUAAAUCUCGCGCUCGUGCAAAGUCCCAUUACAUAGAUGGAUAUUUUCUGAUCGUAUGUGUUCGCAUCAA